UUGGUUGAUGUUUUAUCAAGCCUGCUGGGAUGAGGAAGCCGGUGACUAUGCUCCUCCCUUUCUCUCCUUCUUCCAAACUGUCGCAACCGCUACCGACUCGGGAAAAUUGUACGAAUUAUAGUCAUCUUCAUCCCUUUUACCUGCAAAAUAAGGAAAAACAAUGGCUUCCAAAAUCAAGGCCGGUUCUGUGGUGGAGAUGCAGGGUGACGAAAUGACCCGGGUCAUCUGGGAGCUCAUCAAGGAGAAGCUUAUCUUCCCAUACCUGGACCUUGACUUGCACAGUUACGACCUCGGAAUGGAGAACCGCGACGCUACCGACGACCGAGUGACAGUGGAAGCAGCCGAGGCGGUGCGGCGCUACAGCGUGGGCAUUAAGUGCGCCACCAUCACGCCGGAUGAGAAUCGUGUCGAGGAGUUCAAGCUGAAGAAUAUGUGGCGCUCCCCCAACGGGACCAUUCGGAACAUACUGGGCGGCACCGUCUUCAGGGAAGCUAUCAUCUGUCGGAACAUCCCCCGCUUGGUUCCCGGCUGGGUCAAGCCCAUCAUCAUCGGCAGGCACGCCCAUGGCGAUCAGUACAAAGCCACCGACUUUGUGGUCCCCGGGCCGGGCAAAGUGGAGAUGAUCUACACGCCCGAAUGCGGAGAGCAGGUCAAGUUCGUUGUCCACAAUUUUGAAGGCACGGGCGGCGUGGCGCUGGGCAUGUACAAUACAGACAAAUCCAUCAGGGAUUUUGCUCACAGCUCCUUCCAAAUGGCUCUGGUGAAAUGCUGGCCUCUCUACCUCAGCACCAAGAAUACCAUCUUGAAGAAGUAUGACGGGCGAUUCAAAGAUAUUUUCCAGGAGAUCUAUGAGAAGGAAUACCGAGCUAAGUUUGAGGCCAAAGGUAUCUGGUACGAGCACCGUCUGAUUGACGACAUGGUGGCCCAGGCCAUGAAGUCAGAUGGAGGCUUCAUUUGGGCCUGCAAGAACUACGACGGAGAUGUACAAUCUGACUCAGUGGCUCAAGGCUACGGCUCGCUGGGUAUGAUGACCAGUGUCCUGAUCUGUCCUGACGGUCGGACCGUGGAGUCAGAGGCAGCGCACGGCACCGUGACGCGCCACUACAGGCAACACCAGCAGGGAAAAGAAACCUCCACCAACCCCAUUGCCUCCAUCUUUGCGUGGACUCGAGGUCUCCUCCAUCGGGCCAAGCUAGAUAGCAACGUGGAGCUGCGCGUCUUCUCGGAAGCCUUAGAGGCUGUUUGCGUUGAGACCAUUGAGGCGGGCUUCAUGACCAAGGAUUUGGCCAUCUGCAUCAAGGGACUGACAAACGUGACACGCGCUGACUACCUGAACACCUUUGAGUUUCUGGACAAACUGGCAGAGAACCUGAAGGCCAAGCUGGCAAAUCAGCCCAAGCUGUGAUGCACAUACACACUAACACUGCUGCUGCCGGAGGCCCAGCACACAUCUCCAGCAGGCCUUUGGACUAAAAUUCAUCACUUCAAACAGGAACUACAAGUGGACUGCUCUGUAUUUGACUGAAGUACUAACACGCAAAAAACAUUGUUUCACUAUCAAAUGUAAAACAUGUACACGGUAACUCCAAAUUAUGUGAGUUGUGGGGUUUUUUUUAAUCAGAAAAAUAACAAAAUAAGCUAUUUUGUGUUUUGGACAAAAACAAAAAAUGUCAAGCGCCAUGCUUUUUAUUGCGCAGUGUUGACUGACAAGCUCAAAACAAAUUGACUAUUAAUAAUUCAAAUGAAUAAUAUGAAUGUGUUUUUAUGUUUGACCUCUAUAGUUUAACUCAUUUUUAUAUUUAGGAAAGUAUUUGUUUUACUUUCAGUGUUGUCUGUUUGCAACAUCCUGCCAUAGAACCUCAUUAAAAUAUACAUCAAAAUUUUCA